AUGACCUGGACCCGUUCUGUUACCCUCGCCCUGCUCGCUGUGCUGUUCGUCCUGACCCUGAAUUACAGGGCCGAGAGUGCAGCGGUGCGGGAUGACUCUGCCGACCCGGCGGCCAGGGCGCCGCCAGGAGCAGCAAGGAGGGUCUUCAUGCCUGGGACGGAGGCAGCAAACUUCUUCAGACGCAGGAGUAGGAGAUCGGUGAAGUCUCAGGCUGAGAUCAAUGCUGAACAGAGGCAGAGUCUGGCCAAGGACGAGCGCAGGAGAGAGUACUAUGAGGAGCAGAGGGAUGAAUUUGAGAAUUACGUGGAGGAAGAGCGUGAUGAACAGAACGAGAGGACCAGAGAGAAGACAGAGCAGUGGAGGGAGUUUCACUACGAUGGGAUGUACCCUGCCUACCGAGUGUAA